AAUGCUCGAAACCACACUCUUUGUUGCCAUAAAGCUUUAGGAAUCUUUCUCUCUCUCUCUCUCUCUCUCUCUCUCUCUCUCUCUCUCUCUCUCUCUGUGCGCACGCGCGCGCUUUGGCUUGUAAUGUUCUGGCAGGCUUGUAGAGAAAGUUGCGAGCGUUAGUACACAACUUGAAGCGUCCCGGAGAAGAAAAGAAGGAAAGGACCAAGAAAAGUAAAGUCGGCUAACUCCUGAGUAAAAGCGGAAAGCUUCGGGAGCAGCACAUUUGCGACGAGAAAGUAAAAAAAAAAAAAGUGAAGAGGAAAGUUCUGAAAAGUCGAACAUUUUUCCACAGGGGAAAACCGCAUUCGGAAACGAAUGGAAGAUAUCUCAGCCUGCGAGUGGGGAGAUAGAGAGCUGUUGGAACAUUCCAAAGUUCCUCUGUGCCUGCCUCUGGUGUCUCAGUUUAGAUGCGGCACUAAGGAAUGUGCAGUCACCAUGGAAACACAGUCACAGGCCAGUUCAACAGCAGAGAAGAAAAAGAGGGUGGAGACCAUCGUGGCAACCAAAAGAUCCUCCUUGACCCGAACUGAGAUCAGCGAGAAGGCUGUGGCUUCCAGCACCACAUCCAACGAAGAAGAGAGAUCUAGUUCUCCCUACCAUCGGGAGAAGCGCAAUGUGAUUAGCGGACAGCUACCAGUGCCAGGCCAGGGCUUGGUGGCUGCUAAGCUGAAUGAUGAGCCGUCCACCUCCACAGAAGAGCGACCCUUGCUGGUGAAGAAGGAGCUGCAAACCUCCCUGCCCUACCUCCCUGAACACACACUCCCUUACCGGGGCACACUGUUUGCAAUGGACCCCCGAAAUGGCUACCUGGACCCUCACUAUACUCCGACUCAGUUCUUCCCUGGAUUCCACCCUCCUGUGCCAAUCGACGACAGACACACACAGGGACGUUACAUCUAUGAGCCCUCUCCAGUGCCACCGCUCCAUGUGCCCCCUGUAUUGGCCGGCAGCCCUGCAUUUUCUGAUAUCUCCGUCAUCAGAAUCCCACCCCACCGGAAUUCCUCAGGGGUUGGCGUGGACUCGCCCUUUAGCCCCCCACACCCGUACAUCAACCCCUACAUGGACUACAUCCGCUCCAUUCACAGCAGCCCCUCUCUUUCUAUGAUCUCUGCAGCCAGGGGACUCAGUCCUACAGAUGCCCCACAUACUGGUUUGACCACUGCAGAAUACUACCAUCAGAUGGCACUGCUUGCAGGUCACAGAAGCCCCUAUGCUGACAUCAUUCCCUCCACCAUGUCCACUACCGGAGCGGGGACCAAUGCUUUGCACAUGGAAUACCUCCAGGCUCUGGAAGCAGGUUCUCGCUUUCCCAGUCCGAGACUCCUUGCCCGUCAGGGCAGGAAGCGCCCCCUUCCUGGCUCACCACACUCAGACUCGAGUUUUGAUUUUCAAGCGAUGAUCCGGAAAUCACCAAAUUCCCUGGUGAGCAUCCUGAACAGCUCGCGGCCCAGUUCAUCCACCAGUGGAUCCUACGGCCAUCUAUCCGCUGGCACUAUCAGUCCUGCACUGAGUUUUGCCUACCCUCCCACCCCAGUGGCACUGCAAAUGCAUCAGCAGCUCAUUGGCCGGCCUCCAGGCAUUGUGAGUUCUGCUUUUGGGCACAGUCCCCCGCUCAUCCACCCUGGCCCUGCCUUUACUACCCAGAGGCCCAUAGCAGGCAUCACCCCCACAGGACCUGGACUCACAGAGUGCUCCGCAAACUCCACUGACUUACAAAGUAAACCCACCAGUGAGUCAGCAGUGACCAGCACAGGAGACCCCAUGCACCACAAACGCUCCAAACUCAAGCCUGUUGAUGAGCCUUCCAGCCCUGGAGCAGUUAGUGUACAGGAUCAUUCAGAUGGAAUGACCCUGGUGAAAGAGGAGGAAGAUAAGGAAGAUGGGAAACAGGAGCCAGAGGUGGUAUAUGAGACCAACUGCCACUGGGAGAACUGCUGCAGAGAGUUUGACACUCAGGAACAGCUUGUACAUCAUAUAAAUAAUGACCAUAUCCAUGGGGAGAAGAAGGAGUUUGUGUGUCGAUGGGAGGAGUGCUCUCGAGAACAGAAGCCCUUCAAGGCCCAGUAUAUGCUGGUGGUACAUAUGCGCAGGCACACAGGCGAGAAACCACACAAGUGCACGUUUGAGGGCUGUUCCAAGGCCUAUUCUAGACUGGAAAACUUGAAGACACACUUACGCUCUCACACAGGAGAGAAGCCUUAUGUGUGUGAGCAUGAGGGCUGCAACAAGGCCUUCUCAAAUGCAUCAGACCGUGCCAAACAUCAGAAUCGGACCCACUCCAAUGAGAAACCCUAUGUAUGCAAGAUACCUGGCUGCACCAAACGCUACACUGACCCCAGCUCUCUGCGCAAACAUGUAAAAACUGUUCAUGGUCCUGAAGCCCAUGUGACUAAGAAACAGCGUGGAGACGUUUACCCCCGACCCCCGGCCCAUCCCCGCGAACCUGGAGCCAAUGGACAGGGCAGGUCAUCAAAAUCACAACGCCCCUUUGAAGCGUUUCCUGACCAAAGGGAGUAUAACCAUGCUACCUCAAAACAAGAUGAAUGUCUGCAAGUCAAGUCAAUCAAGACAGAGAAGCCCAUGACGUCUCAGCCAAGCCCUGGCAGUCAGUCUUCAUGCAGCAGUGACCAGUCCCCCACCAGCUCCCAUCUCAGCCGUGGAAUCCAGCUUGCUGUGAGCACUAUUGGCCUUGUGGGGGAGGAGGUGGUGGAGGACCAGGAGUUUGAACAGGAAAAUGAAGAGAAGAACACUGCGAGAGAAGAGGAGGAUUCCCCCAUCAUGGUCUCCACUGCAUCCACUGCUACAGCCACGACGGCUACUCUAGCCUUACAGCCCCGCAGGAGUCUGAGUCAGCCCUUGCGCUGGAUGGAACAGAUUAAGAUGGAAAGGCUUAGGCAGGUGAAUGGCGGGACGUCAAGGCUGGGACAUCUGUCACCUACAGCACCCUCUAAAGGCCACAGUCUGCCCUCCCUCACAGGGAAAGGCUUGGUUACUGUCAGGAGUACUUGUGGGGGUGCACCAGUGCCUCAGCCUCCUUUACAUCCCGAGCCAUCCAGCACAGAGCUGACAAUGCUGAGCCUCUUACGGGAUCGCCGUGACAGCAGUGGCAGUGCCACCAGCUCAGCCUACCUAAGUAGCAGCCGCCGUUCCUCUGGCAUCUCUCCCUGCUUCUCAAGCCGCCGCUCCAGCCAAGCCUCACAGUCUGAGCACAGCCAGCAGAGACAGCUGCACAACCUCAGUGCUACUGACUCAUAUGACCCCAUCUCCACUGAUGCCUCACGUCGCUCCAGUGAGGCUAGCCAAUGUGGUGGAGGUGGUGGUUCUGGUGGGGUAGUGCUUGGAGGAAGCUGGGGUGGUGGAAGUGGAGGUGUGGGAGGAGGUGGGGUGGAAUCAAGAGGUGUUUUGAACCUAACACCAGCACAGCAUUAUCAUCUCAAAGCCACAUAUGCAGCUGCAACUGGUGGGCCCCCUCCAACGCCUUUGCCUAAUGUGGAACAAGUGAGCUAUAAAAUUCAAAUGACUAUGGCCAGGGAUGUGAAAGGCAUGAAAGGCACAAACCAGCUCAUAUUGCCAUCACUAGUCAGACCACGUUGCAGUAGUGAUAGUAGUUCUCAUGGACAAAGCAGUCACAUUAGGUACAGACAGAGGGGAUUGUAUCCAGGGGAAGGCCCAGGCAAUAGUGACAGAAGAGCAAGUGACCCUCUAAGGUCAAGAGACCAAAAUACCUUUGGAAGUAUCCAGAUACAGCGUUUUGGCAGCCAGAAUAACAUGGACCACUUACCCCCUCUGGCUGGUAAUAAUGUCCCAGGUGGUGUUGGUAAAAGUACAAACCACCAAAACUACACCAACUUAGAGGGCAAUAUGCAGAGUGGCCAGCUCUCCCCUUUCUCUCCUAGCAUCAUGGAACAAACAGCACUUGAAGCUUUAGCAAUGGAGCAUGAUGGGGCUCUCUUAUUUAGGGAUGAUGAUGUUCUUGCUGAGGACCAUGAAGCUUCCUGCAGCCAGCAAAAUGGCAAAAAUUCCCAAUUUCACAGAAAUUAUUUUGCCCAGAAUAGUGAGGAGGUGCAAAACGUCCAGAAUCCUUCACAGCAUCAUGGGGCCCAAGAAGCACAAAGGCCCAGGAAAGAUAGCCUACCAAUCCAGUGGAAUGAGGUAAGCUCAGGAAGUACUGAUUUUUUACCUCCUCGGGAGCCACUGAGGUGUGAGCAGUUGCCAAACCAAAUUAAUGCAGUAGGCCUUCCAUUUGGUCGUUUUGAAAAUAUGAUUGUACAACAGCAGCUCCCUUCAUACCUUACAGACCAGCGACACCCUAAUCAGAGGGGUAGUGUUCAGCAAAUAACUGAACUGACCAAUGGACACAAUUACCCAAAUCAACACAGGCAUGGAUCAAAUUCAAGCCAACAGCUAUCUUGCAGAAUGAGACAGGGUGUGUCGGUGGAGACUACACAACAGAACUGCAAUGUCACAAGGAGGAACAGCUCAAGCACAUAUAACUUUGGUCAGCAAAACUGUCAGAAUGCCCUGGGCCCUCAUCAAGCCAGUCAGUCACAAACUCAACAGCUUCAACAGAGCCAUGAAAUUCCAUGUCAAACAAGUGGAAACUCGCUCAAGCAAGGAACAGUAAAGUCCAGUUUAUCCCAUGUCUUUGUACUCUCUCUUCAAUCCCAGUGUGCAAUGGUUAGCCAGCCUGUGGAUCAAGACCCCUCUCAACCACAACUAUAUUCCACCCAACAGAUCAUCAGUAGUCACAAUGCACAAUCCUACCAAAGUUUUACAAAAGGAAAUAUCACUAACUGCUCACUUGCUAAUCAAGUUUCAGAACUAAAAGAAGAAAUAGAAGAUCAGCUUCAACCAAACUCAUACUCUUCCAUGCAGCAACAGCAAGUCUUUCAAAAGCACUGCCAAAUGGAAUCAUUUAAAAUUGAGACUGGGGUAUCAUGUGGACCCUUAGAGGAUCUACUGUCCCCUGGGGCUGAUCAGGUGACCAGCACAGUAGAUAGCAGCCCAGAUGGCAGUGUUCGGGAUAAUGUUGGCCUACGAUUUUCUUCCAUCCUGGAUGAUAGCCUUGACCAGGGCAGUUUGGUUUCUAAUGUCAUCAGUCCUAGUGUUCUUCAUGAUUUAUCACAGACUUCCUCUUGGCUUACAACGCCACACCUCUCAGCUGUACUUCAAAGCUUGCCUCCUGGUACAACUAACAUGGCCAUUGGCGACAUGAGCUCCCUUCUGACUACCCUUGCAGAAGAGAGCAGGUUUCUUGCAAUUAUGCAGUAGGUUUUAUAAUACUUCAGUGGAUGAGAAUGGGGAAAACAAAUAAUUUACUGAAGUAAUUAAAAAAAUGGAUUAGGAGGAGAAAAUCUUUGAUUUAUAUUAUAUAGCAUAGUUUGUUAGGGGGAGUUAAAUAAAGUAUAGACCUGUUAUUUGUAUAUGUCUUAGCCCCCUAAAGAAGGGGAUUGGGGAAACCAUGUAAAUAUAGUGUAAGUAUAUAAAUACAUAAAAUCAUUUCAUUUGUGGAAUAAUUGAAUAUCCAAAAGCCAGUUUCAUAUUUCUUUAAGGUGAUUUGGUGACUACAGCAUCAUUCCCAUCUCUUUAAAACAGUACUCAUUUCAAUUCAAUUUUAUUUGUAUAGCACUUUUAACAAUGUACAUUGUCACAAAGCAGCUUUACAGAAAUAUAUAAAUUCUGGAUAUAAAUUUUACAUUUAUAAAUUUAUCCCACAGUAUUCUGUGUAUUAUUGCUGUUUUGCGUUUUGAUAUAAAAUGUUCAUAGACAUGCAUGUUCAUUUUUUCAAGUAUACACACUGUCUUUUUAUGCAAGUAGAACAUAUCUCAUUUAUUAUAGACAGACAACUUUGCUAUCGUCAUCAGGUAAAGACAGGUUAAAUGUUCCAUUUAAUAGGCCCUAGUGUUGAAAUUUCCUAUAUUAACAUUUUAAUUAUGUUGUAUGUCUUGCAUUGGUAGUAUUAAAAUUAUGUUCCUGGUCUUGUACUGUACUUGACAUUUUUCAAACCUGGCUACAUAUACAAGGGACCAUUUUAUUACACAAGGGUGGACCAGAGCCUCAUAUGAAUAAUUAUACUACUUUAUUUACCAUGAUUGCAUACAUAGACUUUAUAUGUAUAUAGACUUUUCCCUAUUUUUUUUUACACCUUGCAUAUUUGGUUUAAUUACUGGUGCUUAUGACAAGCUGUAAAAGACUAAGAGGUUGUAAUUCGCCAACGUCUGUUUUUUUCCCCAAAGAGGAUAAAUUUUAAUAUGAUUGAUAAAAUGUGCCAAUAAAGUAUUAUUAUUAUUAUUAUUAUUAUUAUUAUAUUAACCCAUUUUAGGUUUUACCACAUAUCUCAAAGUAAUUUUGUCUGUUUUUUAAAAAUCUAAGUGUAUUAUUUCACAACCAUGGUUACCAAGUAUUUCAUAUUACAAAUAACUUUUAAGUGAACCUGUCCUGAUUUGCCUGUGAAGAAAUUUGAUACAAUGUGGAGAUAAUUUGGACAAGUCACCAGAAUUAAUAAAUUUUUUAGCAGUAUUAAAAACCUCUAGUUAUGCGUACCUGCAUAUGUACAGUAUUAUGAGUCAUGCUGUAGGAAAUAGGUACUGUUUAAAAUAGGUAUGUUGUUAUUGUUGAUGUUGUUAUUGUUAUGUUAUUGUUUUCCAAGUGUUAUGAUACAUUUCCUGAGGAAAGGACUGGAUGCAGAAUUGGGGGGGAGGGGGGACAAAGGUUUGUGUCUGAUUAGUGCCUACUGAUAUCAAGAGGAACACUGCCAGUCUUUUAUAAGGCAUUAUUACAAAAAAAAGGAAAAAGGUCAAGAGACCUACAAUUUCACAUACAACUCAGUAACCACUAAUGAUUCUGGUACAAGUGAGGUGUUAGGUGUAAAUGUAACAUCAAAAAAAAGAGCAAAAAUAUUGGAAGAUAUUUUAACACAUUUCUUGCCUUUUUAUAAUUGUAAAUAUGUUAUCCAUCUGUAGACUGUAUAGGAGUGUUUAGAUGACAAAGUUUGCCAAGAUGAGCAUACAUACCAAGCAGGAAUCCCAAAGAAGAACUAGGGUUCUAGUCAAAGUUCAUAGCACCACCAGAUGGAAUUCAAAAUCUGAAUAAUUUUUUUUUUGUAACAAACCACAACAAAUGUUUGUAAGACUUUAAUAAAAAUGAAAUAAUGUGCAUGGCA